AUGAGGCCGCACCUCCUAAGCCUCGGCCUGCUCCUGGCCAUCGUGGUCACCGUGCCCCUUGUCUCGGCGAUAUGCAUCUCGCUGCAUGAGAAGCCUGAAAGCAAGAGCGAAGCUGCGGCUGCCGCCACCACCGGAAGCUCUGUCAAGACAUUGUCCCUCGAUGAAUAUGGAUUGCCUAAGAAGGUUGCCGAGAAGCCCAAAGAGGAGAACCCCUACGAGGAAGCCACUUCAGCUAAAGCGUCCACCGCCUAUGAGAAACCAGUUGAAGAAGAUGAGAAACCCGACAAAUAUGAGGAAUCUUCAGCUCCAAAGAAGGUAAAGAAGGAAAAAUCCGAUGAUUUUGAUGCUUCUGGGAAUCUUAAGAAGAAAAAGGAGAACUCCGAUGAUUCUGCUAAGAAGGAGAAAUCCGAUGAUUCUGAUGUAUCUGAGUUUCUCAAGAAAAAGAAGAAGAAGGAGAAGUACGAUGAUGUCGACGAAUCCUCAUCUUUUAAGAAGGAAAAGAAGGAGAAGUCUAGCAGUUCCGAUGAGCAUGUAUCCCCUAAUAAGAAAGAAAAGAAGGAGAAGUCUGACGGUUCCGAUGAGUAUGUAUCACCUAAUAAGAAGGAAAAGAAGGAGAAGUCUAACGGUUCCGAUGAGUAUGUAUCCCCUGGUAAGAAGGAAAAGAAGGAGAAAUCUGAGGACUCGGACAAAGAUGUGUCUUCCAAUAAGAAGGAAAAGAAGGAGAAAGCCAAGAAAAAGGAGAAAUCCAAUGAUUAUUUUGACGAGGAAAAGGAGGAGAAAUCUGACGAGGAUCCCACGCCCGCCGAUGUCUCCACCACCGGCGAAUAUGUUCCACCCAACAAGGAGGAGAAGUCCGACGAGGAUGCCACACCGGUCGACAUCUCCGCCGCCGGCCAAUACGUACCUUCUGCACCGGCCAAGAAGGAGACGUCCAAGAGCUCCACAACCACCCUCGACGCGUACGCCGACGCCAGCCAGCAGCCCAUGGGCGGCGCUCCCGACGAGCCUCUGCCGGCGGCCAAGCAGAGCUCCGCCGGCACCCCCGACGCGUACGCAUCUCCGACGGCGCAGGGCGCCAGCCAGCAGCAGCCGAUGGGUGGCGCUCCCGACGAGCCUCUGCCGGCGGCCAAGAGCUCGGACCCGUACGCCGCUAGCAGCCAGCCGAUGGGCGGCGCUCCCGACGAGCCUCUGCCGCCGAAGCUGUCGAUGGAGACCUUCGGGGGCAUGAUCCGGAAGCCGAUCGCGAAGAUGCUGAACCCGGUGGUGAAGCGCGUGUGCGCCAACACGCAGUACCCGGAGGACUGCGAGGCCUCGAUCGCGGGGCUCCCCGGCAGCGUGCCUGCGGCGCAGACGGCGGCGGCGGACGCCAUCGGCGUGCUGCGGCUGGCGAUGGAGGCGGUGCGGGAGAAGGUGGUCGAGGCGAUGAACGCGGCGACGGACCGGAUGAACGCGCCGGGGACGGACGCGACGGUGAAGGAGGCGCUGGACGACUGCACGUCGUCGUACAGCGACAUCAAGUCGAAUCUGGAGACGGUGGACGACGCGCUGAAGCGCGGCGACCUCGCCACGGCGCGCACCAACCUCGACUCGGUGGAGACGGACGUGACCACCUGCGACGACGGCUUCAACGAGCGCGGGACGCCGUCGGUGAUGACGGACCACGACCAGGAGCUCCAGAAGCUCGCCAGCGACCUCAUCGCCAUCGGAGCCAACUCCAUCCACCACGCCUGAAUGCGAUCUCCGAUCCUACUGCAAAUGAAGAGUGAAAUGAUGCGAACCUGCAGCUCGUCUUGACAUCCAGCUGCACUGAUUGUAUGAUAAGUACAUGAUGUGUGAAUCCAUCGGAAACAAAAGAAAA